AUGGACGUCGUUUCCGACAACAAGACAGCAUCCCAACCGCCGCAACAACAGCAGAACAACUUCAAAGAGAACGGAAAUGCCUCUGACGUAAAUCAAUGCCCAGCCGUGGGACCUAUGAAUCCCAACCAGGCCGCUGCACAGGCGCUCAAGCUGGCCUUCAACAACGAUCACGUAUGCCCGCCCCAGAUCGCAACGCCACACUUGAGCAUCCAGAAGAUGCGCGAGCUGGUGGUCAACGCCAAGCAGAGCAGCGACUACACGCCCAUCAUCCGCACCUUUGGCUCGGUCUUCUCCGAGCCCGAGUUUCUGAACGUCAGCUUCUUGAAGACCGGCGACUACGCUGUUGCUGCGACACCAGAAAGUUCAGGUUUGGACGAGAAUGCGGUGGCCGAGUUGUUCGCGGAGGUCGAGGAGAUGCCUGCCAACGUGAGAAAUGUGUUGGCAAGCGCGUUUGAGCGGCUCGUUGCCAGCUUGAAGGUGGCCGCACCUCGUCUCUCGCAACCCGAGAGCCUGCGACAAGUCGUGAUCGUCCUCCAGAGCCCGAUGCUGUUGGAUCUGGACUACCACAAGUCCAUCCUGGGUCCGCUCAUUCGGGCGAUUCCGCUGCUGCCCGAGCGCUCGAAGGACGUGCUCGUGAGCUGGUGGUCGCAGAUGAGCGCCGAGCGCAUGCGCACGUUCCUGGGCAUCGUGCAGCAGUACAUCACCCUCCGCAUCCUGGCGGCGCCGCACGCCUUCUCCCUCCACAACGACGACUACAUCCCGGCCGGCGUGCGCGUGCUGCAGCUCCUCUACACCGCCAACGAACGCAUCACCAAGGACAAGCUCGACUACCCCGAAUUCUACAACGACGCCAUCAACGAAAGCAUCGACCUCAAGGAGGACUUUAUGCGUUGGAUCGACAACUCGGGCCAGUUUUCGUUCUGCAAUUAUUCGUUCGUGUUCGACGCCGGGACCAAGAGCAAGAUCCUGCAGUACGAGUCCAUCGUGGAGCAGCACCACCAGCGCCAGGAGGCCCUCCGGCGCACCAUCUUCACGGGCAUGGUCAGCGCGCCCGCCCUGGUCUUCAAGAUUCGCCGAGAGCACCUCAUCCAGGACACCCUCUCCGCGAUCCAGCGCCAUGACCCGGCGGAUCUGAAGAAGGAGCUCCGAGUGCACUUUGUUGGCGAGGAGGCCAUCGAUGAGGGCGGCGUCCAGAAGGAGCUCUUCCAGUUGAUCCUGCGUCAGAUCCUGGACGCCAAGUUCGGCAUGUUCACGUACAGCGAGGAGGCGCGCACCUCCUGGUUCAACUCGGUCUCCACCGACUUUGACGAAUUCAAGCUUAUCGGCAUUAUCCUGGGGCUGGCCAUCUACAAUGGCAUCAUCCUGGACCUCCACUUCCCGUUCGUUGUCUACAAGAAACUUGUGGGACUCGAGCCCACCCUCGACGACCUCAAGGACGUCAACCCCGGGUUGCGUAAGCUGUUGGAGUUCGACGGGAACGUGGAGGAGACGUUCAUGCAGAACUUCCAGAUCUCGUACGAGGCCUACGGCAUGGUGCAGACCCACGACCUCAAGGAGGGCGGCGCCGACAUUCCCCUCACCAACGACAACCGGCAAGAGUACGUGGACCUGUACGUGCGGUGGUACCUCAAGGAUUCCAUCGCCGCCCAGUUCGAGGCCUUCCUCAGCGGCUUCCGCCUCGUCUGCGAGUCGCGAGCAUUCGACAUGUUCAGGGCCGAGGAGUUGGAGCAGCUCGUGUGCGGCAGCCCCGUGCUCGACUUUGAGGAGCUCGAGAAGGUGACCCAGUACGACAACGGCUACCACCAGGACCACCGCGUCAUCAAGGACUUUUGGUCGAUCGUGCAUUCGAUGACGCUCGAGGAGAAGAAGCGACUGCUCUUCUUCAGCACCGGCAGCGAUCGGUCGCCGAUCGGCGGUCUGGGCAAGCUGGCCUUUGUCAUCACCCGCCACGGCGAGGACUCGGACCGUCUGCCGCAGGCCCACACGUGCUUCAACCACCUGCUGCUCCCCGAGUACGCGUCGCGCGAGAAGCUGCAGGAGCGCCUCAUGACCGCCAUCUCCAAUGCCGAAGGGUUCGGCAUGAUCUAA